AUGCUCACCAAUGAUAAAGGAUCUCAAGCCCUAUUAGAAAUCGGAGUAAAAACUGGCCUCAGCCUUCUCUUCUCCUUGCUGCACCAAAGUUGGCAAGUGAGUGGUAUUCUUGGUAUACCCUCUCUGUGCAAUACAGUUUUGGAAACCACCAUAGACCUCAUAAGAAAUCUACCGCCUCUGUGUCUCUCCAACGACGUCCAACUGACUGCUUUAGGAAUUGCCAGCCUGGAACAAGUUUGUGAUUUUUUGAAAAAUGCCGUGCUACAUGAAAGCUCCGCAGAUGAAAGAGGCAAAUUGCUUGCUUCAGAAAUUCUAUUGGGCCUUGCUUUACAAAGAGGCUCCCUUAGAUAUUUAUUAGAAUGGAUUGACAUUGCUUUGGAGGCUUCUUGUAAAACAACCAUACAAAGCGACUUUUUCUCCAAAGCCAUCACCCAACUAGAAGGGGGCAAACACAGACUAACAAACACCUCCUGGAAAGAGCAAAGCCCUAUUUCCAUGUACCAAACCGCCAUUUAUUUAUUGGAAGUUUUAUCCUUGAUGGCUACCGAUUAUGGUGGAGCCUGCUCUGCGGUGGAGUCUACGAUGUGCGAGGCCGAGCUGGGAGUUUGCGAAAAGUCAGACGUUUACGUUUGGGGCAGCAACUCGUCCCAUCAGUUGGCCGAAGGCCAGCACGAGAAAAUUUUGCUGCCGGUCAAAUCGAAAAUAUUCAGUCAAGUACAACAAAUUGAGGCAGGACAAUAUUGUACCUUCGCAAUCCAUUGGGACGGUUACGUAAGCGCUUGUGGCAAAGGUAGCUACGGCCGGUUAGGCCUAGGAGAAUCCUCGAAUCAAACCCUACCCAAAAGAAUCCUAUUGGACAGCAUAGUAAGAAAACUGUCCAGCUCCAAAGGCUCUGAUGGUCAUACCUUGGCGUUGACCGAAAACGGCCAAGUUUAUAGUUGGGGUGACGGCGACUACGGCAAAUUAGGCCAUGGCAAUUGCGCCACCCAUAAACAACCCGAACGCAUCGUAGGGCCAUUUUUGAACAAGACUAUUAGGUUUAUUAAUGCUGGAUAUAGGCACAGUGCUGCCAUUACAGACGAUGGGCGUUUGUGGACUUGGGGCGAGGGCGAUCACGGUAGACUGGGGCAUGGUGACUAUAAUGCCCGACAUAUACCUACAAUGGUGUCUGAUAUAAGUGAUGUUGGCCAAGUCGCUUGUGGCAGUACUCACACUCUUGCAGUGUCUCGAGAUGGAAAAACUGUUUGGUCAUUUGGCAGUGGCGAAAAUGGCAAACUAGGACAUGGAGAAAUUGCCAAAGUUUGCAGGCCAAAAAUUAUUGAAACGCUUCAAGGCCUGAUAAUUCAAAAAGUUUGCGGUGCCACCACAUUUUCUUUAGCCCUUACCAACACAGGGCAAGUUUACUCGUGGGGAAGUGGGCCUAUUUUAGGCAUGGGCGUGGCCGAUGCUAUUUGCCUGCAGCCUUUAUUAAUUGAAGAACUGACGCCCUAUAGGAUUAUUGAUAUAUCUGUGGGUGAUAAUCAUUGUUUGGCUUUGACUGAUGAAAACCAGGUUUUCGCUUGGGGAACAAACACAAUGGGCCAAUGCGGGCAAGGCCACACAUCAAGCCCCAUAACGAGGCCCUUGAAAGUGGUGGGCCUAGAAGGAGUGCGGGUACGUCAAAUAAGCGCGGGAACGUCGCACUCUAUAGCUUGGACCACUGUACCAUUGGAAACCCAUCAGAUUACCAGACACAAACCCUUUUGUCUCGAUUUGCACGAGAAGACUUUUAAAUAUUUCAAAAUUUUUCUAGAAAAAUAUACAAAUUCAUUUUUGUAUGAAGAAACAGCCCCCCCAAAACCAUUCGAAACCCAAAAAGAACAUCACAAUUUCGUUUUAUUAACACUAAAACUCCUAUGCACUCAUUUUCAUUUAUGUAUCGAUGGCAGUUUAAAUACCACAGUUUUAAACAAACAUUCCAAAGAACUCAGAACAGUUUUAUUUAGGCUUGUCGAUAUAGAAGCCCCAGAAGGUAUCCACAAUUUGGCCAAAGAUGUCCUAAUAAUCGGCGCCCCUUUAUUGUUACCCCUUUUAAACGAAAGAGUUGAAUUUUUGUAUUCGCAUUUGUCUAGCGGUAACGUUUUAAGUGCAGGGCAACAAAUGCUUCUGAGUAUUAUUCUGAGCAGUUUAGAGGAUCCCAUACAUAUUGCAGCCUUGCUCGGUUACACAGUGAAUAUGGAAAAAUCUAGAGAAUUGGACAAAGAUAUGAUAUCAACGCUAAUGCAUACACUGUUGCAAGCUUUUACAAAAGAUACAGAAGAUACUUUGGAAUCGGUUUCAAAAUAUAUGGCAAUAGAAACGAAGUUUUGGUGGCAGAGUCCAGCCAAUAUGAAAGUUUCCCGUUUGCAAAGGCAAGAAUUUAAACAAAUUAUAUUUUUUAAACAAUUGUUUUUUUUUUUUAGAUUGUUAUCUUCUUUACAAAAUCAUAUGUUGGCUCACUAUACUGUCAGGCCUCGUGGAGGGGAGCAAAAGUGUUUGUCGGAAAAUGAUUUUUUGGUCAACCAUCUUUUGAGUUUGUUUGGGUUUGCUAUACAAGUUUUAAAUAAAGCUGCAUUGACUGUGAAUGAUUAUCCAAAUUCCCUUGAACUACUUUAUAAUGUACUUCAAGAUUCAACCGCAGGUGCUAUGCUGUUUAAAAUAAUCAACUCCUUAUUGCUUAUGCCAGUAAGUCACAUAAAAAUCCUUUAUAAUCCUCUAUUGGAAGUCUUGGAUGCUUUGGAUAAGUUUAAUCAGCUUUUACCAAAAGAAUUACUUUAUGAAAAAGACAAUUCACGUUCUGAAACCCCUACUCUGACUCAGCUUGCUGAACAAUCCUGGAUAUGGAUUGUGGAUUUGCAAAAAACUUGCUCACUUCUUAUUGGUCGUUGUUUAGGUGGCAUGAUGGUAGGAGAAAGUCCAAGCAAAGAAGAACUCUAUUGUCGUCAUUGGUUGGUUAGUGAAGUGUUUUCGUCUGGUAUUGAUAAUGAAACAAUGCCUGUAGAAAGUUUGUCUGAACUUGCCUAUUUUCCAGAGUCUGUAACAAUGUUGGACGCCUACAAAAAUAUGCCGCAAGAAGUUCAAAGUCUGUGCAAAAUGGCUUUGGGACUUCCUUGUCAGUACGACGAGGCUUGUGCCGUAUUGGAUGAUAAUCAGUCUGAUGAUUUGUAUAACAAAAUUGCUCUGAACUAUGAAUCUGAAGCUUUUGAAUUUGAAACUGAGGAAUUAGUUAGGAUAGUUGAUGCGAUUAGUCGUAGUUAUUUUUAUGGGGUUUUGAAAAUAACAGGGAUGAUUGAGCAAGAGAGUUGGAAUAUGGUGGUUUGUAGGGAAGUUUUUAAGUAUUCAACAAAUCUACGUCAAAAACUCUUCAGUAUAAUGUGCAGUCUAAAAUGUACGGAAGAAGAAAACGAAAAAGACUACCAAGAUUCUAAAGAAAAAUUGAAGCUAAAAGAAAUGGAGUUCGAGAUAUUUUGCCAUAAAGUUUUGCAGCAAUGUUUGUUUUUGUUGAUUUACGUUAAAGGCUCAAAAUCUGAUUUGCCUACAAUGCAAACAGAUUCAGACGAGGAUAUUUCUGAAAAGCCUUACGUAGAAUUUUACAGAUCUAACCGAGACCCAAGUCUUGACAAACUAAAAAAGUUAUGCUCGCUUUGUCUAAAUUUCGCCCUCAGUGAAAACCAAGAAAAAGAUGGCUACACUAUAGGUGGAAAUGGUUGGUUCAACGAUCCAUCAGUUAUUCACACAGCCUUGUUGAACCACAAAAAACGCUCUCUGAGUCGUUUAGAAGGCCUAGACCAACUCCUAUUCCACCUAAUCACCAAAGAAUCCACAGACACAGUAAUCAAUUGCGUCCAGCCGCAACUCCUAGAAGGCUGUUUUGGUUUGUGCAAUUUGGACCGACAAGAAUCUUGUACGCCUUUCCAUCAUUAUUUAGAAGGCAUCCAAAGUUCGCCUUUGGAAAUUCAAGACAAAAUUCGUACGAUUGUUCAAGGAAUUUACGAAUUUCUAACUGCAUCUCUUAAGAAGUAUAUUAAUUCCGAUAAUAAACAGUUGUUGUUGGUAAUGAUAUUUUCGUUGAGUACCAGAUAUCAGCCAAAUGAUUUGAGUUUGAUUUUAAAUAAUGAUUUAGUGCAACAUUUGAUGCAACUAGUCAAUAUUGGUAAUAUUGGAGUUCAGCCUUAUACAAAAUCCGAAGUCCUUAGUAUAGCAUCAUUAAGGCUAAUUCACAUUUUAGCUAUGUCAUGUUGCAUAAACUCCAAACAUCUAGACAUAUCUCAACUAGAAAUAAUGUUUUUAGCCACCACUAAAAAAUGGAUAAAUACUCUCUUGAACAUCUUAGACACUUCAAGUCUACCUCUAAGCUACAACUCCCAAAUAAAAGUACUCAAACCUAAAUUAUUAAUAUUGCAAGUAUUGCAAAUAAUUUUGCCUCGCUUAAAACAAGUCCAUAUUGAUGAUGCUUUAAGGAAAGUUAUUGUAGCAAAACUCUUUACACAAUUAGGCAAAGAAAUGUGGCAAAAGACCCUACAAGAAACUGAACCUGUAGCUUUAAACGACGAUUUAUUGACAGCAAAAGACUUCAAAGAAAGCGAAGGAAAUGUUCCUGUGCACGACAUGGGUUUUGAUCCAGACAAAUGUUACAAAUGCUCAAUCGAAGGCAGUUUAACUUUAGUCCACGGCUCUAGUGGUAGAGGCUACGGCUUAGGAUUACAACCAAUCAAAUCAGGCUGUUACCAAUGGAAAAUACUUAUAGUCAAAGAAAACAGAGGCAACGAAGGCACUUGCAUAGGAGUUUCCAAAUUCCCUGUGCGCGAUUUCAGUCAUAGAUCCACCAGCGACAUGUGGCUAUACAGAGCCUACAGUGGCAGCCUGUAUCACACCGGAGAAAGGGACAAUUGCUUUCAAAGCUACACCCAAGGAGACUACAUUACUGUAGUAUUAGACAUGGAUGCUAAGACUUUGAGUUUUGGAAAAAACGGCGAAGAACCUAGAGUGGCUUUUGAAGAUGUCGACGCACCUGAACUGUAUCCUUGUGUAAUGUUUUAUAGUACCAAUCCUGGAGAGAAAGUUAAAAUUACUGACAUGAAAGUGCACGGGACUCAAAGAGAUGUUUUGCCAGGCGAACCCAAUUUAGCCCCCUUACAUGCAGUAUUGAGUGAAUUUUAUAUUGGUUUGAUUCGUAAAUUGCACAAAUUUGAUACGUGGACUACUGAUGUAAAUUCGGCCUUAAAACUGCGACUAAAUAAAAUCGAAGCUUUAUUUCCUAGUAUAGUGGUAUCUUCAGACAAGCUUGAAGAGGUGGAAAUUGAUUUAGAUGAAAUGUGCUCGGAGGUUUGGCCAGCUUUAGCUGUCAUCGGCGGCUUGGACAGAGGGUUGAAAAUGGGCAGUUAUUGUAGGCAUAAAGUAACUGGAAAACGUGCCGUUAUUUUGGGUGUCUUGAAAAAAGGCAUUACGACAAUUAGCAUGCAAUGGGAGCACGAUUUAAGUGUUUCCGAUGCGUCCAAAUGGGUUUUGGAAUUUGUCGAGCCUGAACCGUUUAAUACUAAUAAGUUUGUUGGUCUCACAUCAAACAUCCUUCUUCAACUAGCCAGACUCUCUGGUAUAACAAACGAAGUCUCAUUUCCGGUCUACAACAUAACCGAAGAAGAAGAACGUCUUUUGAAUUUCAAUCUACCAAAAUCCUCUACAAGCACAAACGAGGAAACAACAAAGCCUCACUCUGUAUCGUCGGAUUCUAGGCUCGUACAAAAGCCUCGGACAGUGGAAACUUUGACUAACGAACUAGUAUCAAAUAUAUUAGAAGAAGUUACCAAAAUUAAGUUUCAAAGCGACUCGGCGAUUGUUAGGGGCGAGCAAAAUGACGACGUGAUUAAAAAGCAGCAAGACGAUAGCGCCGAAUAUCUAGCGUUGCAACAUAAAUUUGCAGCUAUCGAAGAAAAAUAUCUCAAAUUGGCCUUUUUACAAUUUUCCGCCCUAAAAACUCUAGGAACAUUCGUAACAACAUCUCAGUUUACCGAACUGUUUUUACUAAACGACAAAAAAUCCUGUGAAGAAACCGAUUGCCUGAGAGAAAUCAUGUAUAGCAUUGUCGACAAAAGCAUUGACCAAUGCAAACUAAAAAAUAUCAUCACUGUAGCUGAAACUGAGCGCGCAAUGGCAAUUCUCCACAUGAACCACAUUAAAAAUAAAGGCAAAGAAGAUCCAGAUAUUCCAAAAGAAAAUAACGAACCACAACCAGAAUUUGUUGUUCCAAGUAAUUUCAAUGAACCGAGUACUUCAAGAGAAAUGCCUUUAACUAGAAGCCCUAGACUAGUGAGACGUCGCGUCUUACCAACACCGCCAUCUUCCUUAACAGUACAAGGCUCCAGCCCUUAUUUUUUCAACAGAACUGUAUCCUUAGGCUCCAGCCCAACCACGCCCAGCAUAUUCACUAGCAGUUCAGAAGAUACCGUUUUCUCAAGUCGUAGCAGCUCGCCGCCUCCGCCCCCUAUGGCAGUACCUUUAUUAGAAAUGGGCUUCAGUUUGAGGCACAUUUUGAAGGCCUUAUUCGAAACUAAAAGUUCUGGAGAAAUUAGCGCUAGAAGCAUCAGUAUGUUGGCUACGUGGAUGUGCGAACAUCCCUACAUGGAAGAGAGCGUUGUUGAACAGGCUACAAGUAAUUUGAGUAGCUUCAGAGAAUUAUGGAAUAGUACUAGCGAUUUGGUGGAUAGACAAAAUGUUAUUUUGUAUGUGGCCUUGCAUGAUAGCUUCCGAGAACGCCAGCAAAUAAGGGAAAGGGAACACGUUAGAGGUGAAGCCCACCCCUUAUUGAGAAACCCCAUUGUCAGGUUUGGUGAAGAAACUCAAUCUCUUGAUAGCACAGUUGUCCCAAACUCAGAUGCCACCUCAAACUACGCAGACUGUAUGAAUUCAAUAGGAGUUUGCCCCUAUUGCAAUCAACUAAACUCAAAAUUAGACAUUCACAUGCUUUUUAGUCAUCCAGGCUGUGGCAUCCUAUGGGGUCCUGGAGUUUGCGGAGAUGUCAUAAACAAGUACUACAUUAUGUGUUUCAAAUGCAGGAAUAAGUACAGACGUAUAAAUAAAACUGAGAAUGCCUUGGCCGCCCUGUAUCCUGAUAUCAUUCUCACCAAUGACGACAAUACUGAAAUUAAUAUGCAAAGUUUGAAAUUUUCUGUACCGGAAUGUGACGAAGCAGACAUUAAAGGAUUUUUAGGCAUGUCAGGUGAUUCAAUCCAAAUGAACACAAUAGACUUUGCCAGUGCAGAUCCGUUGGGUAUUAACUCAGUUCCAAAAGUACAUAAAGAUUUUGAAGACCCUAACGAAAUUAUACCCAAAAGCAUCAAUAUGCAAGCAAUGCUACUUGGCUCCCCCUUACAAAGAAUUAUCGGCCUGAGAGACUUAACAAAAUCAAUUCAAAUACUUCUCUCCAGACAAAUAAUUCUCAAUGUCCUAUCAAUUUUGUCAAUGAGUACCAACUACGUCAACCUAAUUUCCUGUUUGGAACUUAUCGGUUUAGGUAGCAUUGGUAAAGUGGUGCGUCUAAUGACUCUAACCGCAAUGAACCGCGUCGAAAUAGGCAACAUAGAAAAUACGCCAGAUAUUUUAAGCUUCAGAUUGCCAAAGGAUUUCAAUCAGUUGACAACUAAUUUGCCUAAUGCCGCAAACUCUUGCCUGCAACAUUUGAGCGUUUGCAUAGCCGCUUUGGCUCAAAACGAUCUCGAUGCUUCAAAUUUAGUCAUUGAUAUUUGUACUAAGGAUUUAUUAUUGGCAGCUUUUGGUGUUUCUGUACCAGAAGCAGGUUUUGCUGUGACUCAGGCUUUAGUUAAUAUUCUUUCUACACACGGAGGUUGUUCGCUAAUGGAUUUGCCUAAAGAAGAAAGUUGUUUGAGUCCGCAAGCGGAAAGGGUUGGGCCUUUAACUUUGGCCAACGCUUUGUCUGCUUAUAUUUUAUCAAACAAAGUUAAAAAGCAAAAGGAGUGGGCUGCUCAACAAUUGUUCAAAUGUAUUGCUACUAAAAUCCAAAUGAUGUCAGGAUCUAGUUUGGAACAAGUUAAUUUUGCUGAUCUUUCCAAUACAAUGCCCAAGCAAGAAAUUAGUUUAGUUGAAGGUCAUGACAAUAGAGUAAGUACGUUAGCUUGGCAUGAAGCAACAAACACUUUAGCUUCUGCCGGCUACGAUGGAACCGUAAGACUAUGGCAAAUUGAACCCCAAACACCCCCCAUUCUCUAUUCAACUUUAGUAUUCUAUACCAGCUUAGAUACAUUUGGAAAUGAAUUGCAAGGAAAACUUAUAGGUCAUUUAUGUUGGUCACCAAUGGGUGAUUAUUUAGCUGCAGCUCUAGAUGGUGUUAUUAAUAUUUGGCCAAUCAGAAAAACCAACGACGUUUGGUUUAUAGAGCACCAAAAAGAAUUUAUAACCGUAUUGUGUUGGCCUAAAAACAAACAUCUAGAAUCUGAAAACAAGGAGCAUUUAUUAGUAGGCAAAAUUGAUGGAACCGUAACAAUUUUGUGUGUUUUAAAAGAUUCCAAAAGAGUUGAAACUUUGAUGAAUUUUUCGUUGCCUCAUGCAGUGGUUCAUGUGGAUUGGUUUCACGAAAAUGCACACUUUGCCGUUGGUUAUUUGGAAGGGACGUUGAAAUUAGGCAAACUCGAUUGUCAAUCUAGUAUAGUUACAGUGCAAGCGCACAAAAAUACCAUUUCCGCAGUCGAAUGGGAUCCCAGAGGCGUUUUGCUGGCCACAAUAUCAGUAGACAUGACUUGUAAGCUGUGGAAAGUCACUGAAGAGAAAUUAGUGCUUUUGCAUACGAUAAUUUUGACUUAUGAGCCAACCAGUAUUACGUGGUCUCCGCUUGUAGGUUGGGGAAAUUCACCGCUACUAUUGGCUGUCGGUACUAGUUAUGGAACUGUUAAUUUGUGGAAGAUUCCUGAUGAAAAAAAUACGCUUAAUGAGGUGCCUGGUUUGAUGUUUUCUUCACAAGGGCAUUCUUACAAUGCUGUUACAAGUUUGGCUAUUGAUUCUAGUGGAUUAUUGUUGGCUAGUGGUUGUUUGAAAGGUCCUAGUGGUGUUGUAAAUAUUUGGUCUCUAUCUGAUGGUAGUUUGGUUUACACUACAACCGGUACCGGUGGAGUAAAUACAAACGGUUUAAAAUGGAUUAAGCCCCUGAAUAGUUUGGCAAUAGCGUUUUCUCGUUCGAAAACAUUUAGUAUAUUAAAAUACGACUUGGAAGAUUUAAAAAAUAAUCUUCCUUUGGCCGCAAUGAGGUGCGCUUUGUUGAAAAAAGGAAUUAGAGGUAUUAAAAAUACGUCGUUUUUCAAAAGCUUUGUCACCCUUUUGCCCAAAAUGCUCCAAGAUCAAUUCACAGCUGAAAAACUUCAAGUUUCCACCGGUGCUCAAUUGAUGCACAGUGUUUAUCUGAAAAGCUUAGCCUCGUUGGCUAUAAUACUUGAUUUAGAUAAAGUAAUUUGCUAUAAACUGGCCCCAUUCAAUGAUAAAGCCCCAUUAGAAAUUAAUCAAGAAUACCAUUGGUUGCACACUUUUAGCUUAGCUUCGCAAAUGGCUGAAGGCCUAAUAAAAAGAAUCGACUUGCCAGAAAACGCAGUCAAUCUUAGUCAAGUUUUAGAGGACAAUGUGCCUCCGGCCGCCAUACAAAACGUAUUUUGGACUAUCAAGCAGGACGAACAAAUUAUGCAAUGGGCGGCGCAGAGGCCUCAGGAUUGGGAGAUUGGAGGAAAAUGCAAGGCCUAUCUGUGGGGUUCAGACAGACACGGCCAACUAGCAGAAUUAGGCUUCAGCGCCUCGGCCCCUUUUGCAGUAGCCUCGUUUUCCGUAGCCAGAAAAAUAGUGUGCGGUCAAAAUUGCACUUUCGUCAUCCUAACGAACGGCACGGUCAUGGCGUGUGGCGAAGGCAGCUACGGACGCUUGGGCCAAGGCAACUCUGACGAUCUGCACUCGCUAAGCGUCAUAUCCAGCUUGCAAGGCUUCGUCAUAACAGAUCUGGCUACAUCUGUAGGUUCAGAUGGUCAUAGUUUAGCGUUGGCGGAAAGCGGCGAAGUUUUUUCGUGGGGCGACGGCGAUUACGGCAAACUGGGCCAUGGAAAUAGCGACAGACAACGCAGACCUCGACAAAUUGAGGCUUUACAAAACGAGGAAGUUGUACAAGUCGCUUGUGGAUUCAAACACAGCGCUGUUGUGACUAGUGACGGAAAACUUUUCACGUUUGGUAAUGGCGAUUAUGGACGUUUAGGCUUGGGCUCCACGUCAAAUAAAAAACUACCAGAACGAGUAACUGCUUUGGAAGGUUACAAAAUCGGUCAAGUCGCUUGCGGUCUCAAUCAUACAGCUUGCGUGUCGCAAGACGGCUUAGAUGUUUGGACUUUCGGAGAAGGUGACUAUGGCAAAUUAGGCCUGGGUCACACUACAACGAAAUCGAUUCCGCAAAAGGUUGAAUCGCUGGGCAGUUUGGAAAUCAAAAAAGUUGGUUGCGGUACCAACUUAACGAUAUUCCUGGCUAAAAAUGGGAAAUUGUUUGUCAGUGGUAUUGACAGGGUGCCUUGGCACACUCUGAUCAGAGACAAGCCUUCGUAUUUGCCGCAUCAGAUUGGUACUUUGGAGGAGUAUUUUGUUGAGGAUUUUGCUAUCGGAACUGAACAUGCUUUGAUUUUGACUAAAUGUGGCAAAGUUUUUGGUUGGGGUAUGAACACAGAAGGCCAAUGUGGACUUUCACAUGUUUCGUUGGUCAGAGAACCGGAAAUGAUUACCGAGUUGUCUAGCAAAGGGAUCAAACAAGUUUCUACAGGCCGGACUCACAGUGCUGCCUGGUCAGCUGCCCCUUUACCUAAGAGGGAACCUGGAGUUACUCAAACUUUGACUUUUGGCUUACCCUCUGAGAUACCACCGCAAUAUGAUCAUCUUUGUGGUGUUUCUAUCAAGUCUAUUCAAGCCAGGUUGAAAUUCCUCUACAAUUUCUCUGACAAACUGUACUCUUGUUGGACCUUUAUGCCUCUCAGCUCCCAACAAGCCGAAUUCAACGUGCCACCCCUAGAAGGCUUAAUAUCUCCAAAAUUACGACCUUUACUAGCUCCAAGAGUAUACACUUUACCAUUUGUCAGGUGCGUAGGCAAAACGAUGGUGCAAGGCAAAAACUAUGGCCCACCGAUAGUUGUAAGGAGAAUUGCGCAAGAAGGUAGAAAAGUCAAACCAAUAUUUGUCCAAAUCGCUAAACAAGUGGUUGAUAUUAAUCCGCAAGAUUUGCGAUUGCCUUCGCGUGCCUGGAAAGUUAAAUUGGUUGGAGAAGGUGCGGAUGAUGCAGGUGGUGUUUUUGAUGAUACUAUAACUGAAAUGUGCCAGGAAAUUACUACCAAUGUUGUACCACUUUUGGUACCCACUCCAAAUGCGUUGAAUGAGGAUGGUUUUAAUCGGGACAAAUACUUGAUAAAUCCUCAAUUGACUUCCAGUCAGCAUUUGUCUUGGUUUAAGUUUGUAGGGAUUUUGUUUGGGGUUGCAAUAAGAACCAAAAAGCCUUUGGCUAUUCCAUUGGCUCCGAUUAUUUGGAAGCUUAUAGCUGGCGAGCCUGUAACUGUUGAAGACUUGGAGGAUACUGACGCUAUGUACGUGCAAACUUUGAGGAGUAUUAGGGAUAUUGAACAAUCGGGCGUGACUGCCGAUUACUUUUACGACGUUAUACCUUUGCAGACUUUUGAGGGACAAAGUUGUACUGGAAAGUUAGUUCCUAUUGUUCACGGAGGCAAAAAUAUAGCAUUGACUUUUGAGAAUCGUGCCCAGUACUAUGAACAAGCUGUAAAAUAUAGAUUGCAAGAGUUUGAUUUACAAAUUGCCGCAAUAAAAGAAGGAAUGUCAGGAGUUAUACCAGUACCCCUCCUAUCCUUAAUGACUUCAGAUUAUUUGGAACAACUCGUAUGUGGCAUGUCUGUAAUUUCCAUAACCGUUCUAAAGAAAAUCGUAAGAUACAGAGAAUUAGACGAAGAAAGUCAAUUGGUAAAAUGGCUCUGGAACAUUCUAGAAAAUUUCACCGAUAACGAAAGAGUAUCCUUUAUGCGUUUUGUAUCUGGUAGAUCCAGAUUGCCGGCAAAUUUGGCCGAUUUGUCGCAAAGAUUUCAAGUUAUGAAAGUGGACAAAGCAAUGAAUGGUCUUCCAACGGCGCAAACUUGUUUCUUCCAGCUGCGCUUACCGCCUUAUACUAGUCAGGAAAUAAUGGCAGAAAAAUUAAGAUAUUCUAUCAAUAAUUGCAGGUCUAUAGAUAUGGAUAAUUAUAUGUUGGCUAGAAAUACUGAGCAAGGGAAUUUGUCUGAUGAGGAUUGGUCUUAUGGCAGUUAAAUAUAAUAUGUUGUUUUUAUUUGCUUAAAUCUUUUAAUUUAUAAAUAAAAUUUUGUUACUAUUUCAAUUAAUCUAUUGCAAGUGAUCUGAAACUUCCUUCCAUUCCUAACAUUUUCUUUCCAGAAUUCUUAUUAUCGCUAGGCCUUUUGGAUUCAUCCACGGUCCAUCUAGAAGAAUCAUUGAUGUAGUCUCGGUGUUCCAUUAUUUUAUCCAGCCAGUAUUUUCUGAUAUUAGCUACGUUUCCAGCUUUACCUCCGUAUUCGUUUGGAAGGACGUCUUCUGGUACAUAAUCCAAAAGAGUGGAAGAAUUUGGUAAGUGAGUAUUAACCAUUUUUCCUACUUCAGUUUUCAUAAAAGGUUUGAGUAUUUGCAUGCAUCUAUCAAGAAACGAUGGUACAUUUAUCAAAUGGAUUUGUUUCAGUUUAAUAGGAUGAGCUUCUUGUGUGUAAACCAUGUACUUUUUCAACACUUGUAAAUUAAUUUUGGUUAAAUGUUUAAGGGUAAAAUUGUCCAUAUCAAAUAUAGGCACUUCGCCGUCUGGUAUUUCGUGUUCGAUAUGCAUACGGACAUCGGCAAAAAUGAAAAACGCCUUUAGAGCGUUUAUGAAGUGAUAUUUUGCCGGAUCAGGGGUUUUUAUAUGGUAAAUGAAUAUUUUGUUGUUCUCUUUGGUUAAUUUUGGUAACGUUAUAAAGUCAAUAUUUUCAAAUAUUUCUCGUAUCUCUGGAGAAGCAGGAUCUCUAUCGGUAAAAAUUUCUGGAGUUUGAGAUCUUAUUGUAUAAAAUAAAUCAAUUAAAUAUUUGCUUUGUUCUAUACUAUUAUUGCUACAAUGUAAAAACCUCUCGAGCAAUAUAUCAUCAAUUUUUUGAGGUAAGUGUUGCUGUUUGACCAACCAUUCUUUCAAAAUUUUAACGUCCGAAGCCGCAGAUGCCAUUUUCGAUACUAAAUUUGCACAAAAAUCCAAUGCAAGGUUACUAAAAUGAGCAUGAAACCAAUCAACGAUUAUACACUUUCACAUCAUCAUAGCAACUUUCCACUUUUUUUUUUUUAUUCGAAUUUGUACCUGAUGAUGAUAUAAGUGGAGAUUUAUUUGCAUUUGCGACGAGAUUAUUUUAGAAUUUUUAAAUAAAAAUUUGAAUGAUUUUGAGACUUUGUAUUAUUUGAAAUGCGUCUGGGCAUAAUUUUGAUCGUUAACUCUUUAAAGGGCAUUCUACCCACUUAUUUAUAAGUGGAAAGUAGCACUUCAUUGUACACUUUGUUUUAAA